AUGUCAACUCAAACAGUAGUUGAAGAAGAAUUCAAACUGAAGAAUGAAGAGAAAAAAUUUGUUAGAAAAUUAGAUAUUUAUUUACUUACUUGGGGGGUUGUUCUGUAUAUCUUGAAAAACGUUGAUCAAGCAAAUUAUAAAAAUGCUUAUGUUAGUGGGAUGAAAGAAGAUUUAAAUAUGUCCGGUAGUGAUUAUAAUUGGUUAUCAACUUAUUAUACCAUUGGAUACGCUAUAGCAGCAAUUCCUUGUCAAAUUUUAAUGACAAGAGUUAAAGCUUCUUAUUUUAUGGGAGGUUGCGAAUUAGUUUAUGGUAUCUAUAAAGUAAAUUAUUUAUUUGGACUUCGUUUUUUAAUUGGAUUUUUUGAAAGUUGUAGUUGGUCUGGUAUAACUUUUGUACUUUUCAAUUAUUAUAAUCCACAAGAGUUAUCCUUUAGAGGUGGUCUUAUAAUGGUAGCCACCCAAUGUGGUAGAGCAUUUACUGGAUUUAUGCAAGCUGCCAUUUAUACUAACUUAGAAGGAUCUCAAGGUAUUCCUGGUUGGAGAUGGUUAUUCAUCAUCAAUGGGGCAAUUACCGUUGUUAUUGCACUUUCUGGAUUCUUUCUUAUCCCUGAUACUCCAGAUAAUGGCGGUGCCAAAUGGAUGACACCAGGAGAAAUUUCCAUAGCUAAAUCUAGAGUUGAAAAAUUGGGAAGAAGAACAGUUAGAAAAUUCGAAUGGAAAAAAUAUUUUAAACCUUUUUUAGAUUAUAGGUUUUAUAUCAUUACCCUUGCAUAUUCAGGUUGGGACUUAGGCUCGUCUGCUACAAGUUAUAUAACUUUAUGGUUAAAAGCAAUGAAAAACAGUGAUGGUACUCCAAAAUAUUCUGUACAACAAGUUGAUUUGAUCCCUGGUGCUGGUUACCUUUUAGCAGCUUUAAGUAUUAUUAUUGUGACUAGGUUUGCUGAUUUGACUCAAAAAAGAAUUCAUUCUCUUGUUUUCCAACAAAUUUGUGGUGUUAUUGGUUGUAGUAUCCUUUCUGCUUGGCCCAAAAGUAAUGGUGCCAAAUUUGCCGGGUUUUUCAUCAUGUACACAGUACAAUCAACAGGUCCAAUCAUUACCUCUUUUAUACCUGAGAUUUGGCGUCUAGAUAACGAAGUCAGAUCAACAAUCAUUGUUAUGAUUGUUAUUUUCACCCAUGUCAUGAAUGCAUGGUUACCUUUAGUAGUUUUCCCAACUGAUCAAGCCCCUCAUUAUAAAGCUGGUUACGAAGUUAUGCUUGCAUUCAAUGCCAUGUCUUUGAUCGGAUGCGUGCUAUUCCAUUUCUUUGUUUAUAAGAAAUUUAAACAAGAGGAAGACUCCAUUGAAUUCGAAAAGUAAGUUUAUAGAAUAUUAAUUUUUUUUGCAGCAAAACAAAC